CAUCGACUGGGCGGGGCCCAGUAGGGGAGGGGCGGUAGGCUGGCUUUUUGAUAUCUUUUUUUCGCCCGCUUCCAAGAUGGCGUUCGUGACUGCUCUAAGAAUGCAGUGUGAAGCCUCGAUUCUGCCAUCACUCAAGAUGGCCGCCCCCAUCAAGAUGACCGGGGUGUGCCGGAGGGGAAGGGGCAGCAAGAUGGUCUGAGACGGUUUAGCAACGGACCAUGUGGAAGUUUCUGGGACUGGGGAGCCUGAUGAUGGGGGGUGGGGCCCGUGGGGGGUAGAGGAAGCUACAGCGUCCUUUCUAAGGCUAUCCCCUGCCCCUUCCCCUCCCCCUCCUCUGGGCUGAGAUGGGGAACACAUUGGGCCUGGCCCCCAUGGGGGCUUUGCCCCGCCGAAGCCCCCGCCGAGAGGAACCUCUGCCCAACCCCGGAAGCUUCGAUGAGCUGCACCGGCUAUGCAAAGAUGUAUUUCCAACACAGAUGGAGGGUGUGAAGCUCGUGGUCAACAAGGUUCUGAGCAGCCAUUUCCAGGUGGCUCACACUGUGCAUAUGAGUGCCCUGGGUUUGCCGGGCUACCACCUCCAUGCUGUCUAUGCAGGAGACAGUCAGCUUAGUCCCAGUGAGGUGUUCCCCACUGUGGUAGGGGAUAUGGAUAGCAGUGGCAGCCUCAACGCCCAGGUCUUGCUCCUCUUGGCAGAGCGACUCAGAGCUAAGGCUGUCUUCCAGACGCAGCAGGCCAAGUUCUUAACUUGGCAGUUUGAUGGCGAGUAUCGAGGGGACGACUACACAGCCACUCUGACCCUAGGGAAUCCUGACCUGAUUGGAGAAUCUGUGAUCAUGGUUGCUCACUUCCUGCAGAGCCUCACCCAUCGGCUGGUACUGGGGGGAGAACUAGUUUACCACCGGCGGCCAGGCGAAGAGGGGGCCAUCCUAACACUGGCCGGGAAGUACUCGGCUCUACACUGGGAAGCUACAUUGAAUGUGGGGUCAGGUGGGGCCCAUGCAAGUUAUUACCAUAGAGCAAAUGAACAGGUUCAGGUUGGAGUGGAAUUUGAGGCAAACACAAGGCUACAGGAUACGACCUUUUCCUUUGGUUACCACCUUACUCUGCCCCAGGCCAACAUGGUGUUUAGAGGCUUGGUGGAUAGUAACUGGUGUGUGGGUGCUGUCCUGGAGAAGAAGAUGCCCCCCUUGCCUGUCACCCUAGCCCUUGGAGCAUUCCUCAAUCACUGGCGCAACAGAUUUCAUUGUGGCUUCAGCAUCACUGUGGGCUGAGGUUGUCCCCGAUCCUCCAUAGCAGCUGGAAACUCUGAGUCAGGUGCCCUAGGGUCAGAGACUAGGCCCCUCUCCAGAACCCUCCUUACUGGGUGACCUCUAGACCCCAGGAGCAGAGUGGGGACAGGACCAUUCCCUCCUCAGAACUGGAGCUGCUACAGGGGUAGCUGGUGAGGAAGUGGUUUGAGGCUCUCACCUCUACCAUCAGCCCCACACCAUCUUCCUCAUGCUCUUAGGGCUUUGGACUAACAGGGAAAGAUUAAGGGUAUGUCUGGCUGACUUUUCCCUUUCAUUUCCUUUCCCUUUGGAUUAAAGCUCCU